AUGGCGUAUCAACCAGGGAGCGUUUAUUACUACGCACCAAACAAAAUCGCUCCAGUAGUGACUUUACGUUUUCGAUCAUGGCGGACCACUGGGCCAAUGCCUUGGGCUGCCUUGCUUUUAACUGCAGGCUUUAUUCUUCGCGAGGUCGGAGCUUUCAACUAUGGCAAUGUUCCUCUCUUGAUUGCGCAAUCAGUCUUAAUCAUGUCGGGUCCACCUGUGUAUGCUGGAAUCAACUAUCUGAUACUCUCUCGAGUUUUGUUCUAUGUGCCCUAUCUUUCCCCGAUCCACCCUGGCCGCGUUCUUACGACAUUCCUUGCUGCUGAUGCUGUGUGCGAGGUCCUUAUCAUCAACGGCGUGCAAAAAAUAGUCGACUCGAGGGUCAACGAGCACACGCGGAAAGUUGGGAAUGCACUGACGAAGGCGGGCCUGAUUCUCCAAGUAACUUGCUUUGCCCUUUUUGUUCUACUUGCCGCUGUCUUCCAUAGACGUACCAUCACGAAAGGAGUCUGCUCGAAGAACAUCCGCACAGUACUUUUCGUUCUUUAUGUUUCCAGCACCAUCAUUACAGCUCGAUGUAUCUAUCGUAUUGCGGAAUUCUUUGAAUAUGGCUCCGGUCCUCUCACUCACACCGAAUCAUACUUCUGGGUCUUCGAAGCGACCAUCAUGUUCAUCAACACCGCGAUGAUGAAUAUUUGGCAUCCUGGAUGCAACUUACCACGCUCGAACCGGACAUUCUUAUCAAAAGACGGCAAAACAGAAAUACGUGGUCCAGGCUACCAGGACAAGCGACCGUUCAUCACUACGAUUGCGGACCCUUUCGACAUUGUUGGUUUAGUCAUGGGCAGAGACAAAAGGACCAAGUUCUGGGAUUGGUCACCUGAAGAGCUAUCGCGGGUCAACGAGGAGAUUGAGCAAAAGAAGAUCGAGCUGGAUCAGCUGCCCCGAGCAAAGUGGAGAAAAGUCAUUGACCCGCUUCACCUCUUCGAUCACAAGGGGGUCAUCGUCAAGUAUGCAAAAAGACUUGAAAAACCUGGUGACGACCACGGAUCAACCGCUGUCGGACAGGAUGAGCUCGGCAGCAACAAAAGUGGAAAUAAAUCUGAAACAUAGAGAGGAAAGAAGCGCGAUAUAAAGUCAGGGAUUUGGCUCUCGACUGGACUGGACACGUAUCCGAGGAUCGACUUCUACAGUUGCGUGGAGUAGCACUUCAGUUCAAUGGACUUGCAGAAAAAUUAAAAAUCACAUGCACCAUUACCAGUUGCGAAGGCUGCUUGAGACAAAGAAUUUGACCGAUCGUGCUGAUGAUGCGAAAAAGGUCAAAACAGUGCAAGUUACCCCGCAAAGCCUAGACUCCCUUUUGGUCUUAGC